AUGGGGAUAACCACCACCAUCGAAGCACCACCUCAAGCCACGGAAGUGAUUAACGUGUCCUUCCAGAGCAAGGACUCGUGUCCCGUUUCUCGCCAGGGCGAUGGCGGGCUUGGGACUGAGCCAUCGGAGCCAGCUGCCCGGCUCUUCACCAUUGAGCCUGUGUCAUCCGGGGACUCUCACCCAAGACUCGUUAUUACCACCCUUCUAGUAACCCUGAAUAUGAUACAGGCUGUCAAGUUCUUGUACAACUUCAUCACCAUCGUCGGCGGUCUGACGCUGAGCGUGGAUCUUGGCCGAGAAACCGGUGUUGGCCAAGCGAAUUGGAUGGCAGCCUCGUAUUCACUAACCCAGGGUGCCUUCGUCUUGGUCACCGGCCGCCUGGGCUCCAUCUACGGACACCAGAACCUGGUGCUCGCUGGCUGUGCCGUCUUCUCCGUCUUUGUUCUUGCCAACGCCUUCUGCCGCGACUACAUCUCAUUCGUAGCUAUCCGAGCUCUCGCUGGUGUCGGAGGCGGUAUGUUCAUGCCCAACGCCGUUGCGAUAAUGACUACGGUCAUCCCCCCAGGCCGAUCUCGUAACCUUGCUCUGGGUUUCUUCUCCGCCGCGCCUCCCAUUGGGGGCGUGAUCGGUGCCCUUCUUGCUGGCCUGUUUAUCGAAAUUGUUGGCUGGAAGUGGCUUUUCAUCCUAAUCGCUGGGUGUUCUGUUGUCGUCACAGCCUUUCUCGCCUGGGUAUUUCCCCGGGAGCAGCCUAUUGACCGGAAUGGCAAAAUCGACUUUGUUGGAGCCUGCCUGGGCCUCUUUGGCCUUCUCCUUUUCAAUGUUGUCUGGAACCAGGCGCCGAGUGUGGGAUGGGACACACCAUACGAGAUCGCAUGUCUGAUCCUGUCCGUACUUUCUUUCGCGGCAUUUAUUGUUUGGGAGAAGUCCUUCGCCAAAGAUCCGAUCAUGCCCGUGCAAGUCUUCCGGGCUCCUACAUUCACCGCUCUCAUCUUUGUUGUUCUACUCACUUACAUGGGCUUCUCCAUCACGCUCUGGUAUUCGAGAUAUAUCCAUCCUAUCCUGAAGACCGGCAUUCACUUUAUCCCUUUCGGAGGAGGCGCAGUGAUUGCUGUUGCUCUCGCGGCCUGGCUCAUCUCCCGGGUGGCAGCGCAAUGGAUCCUGGCCAUUGGCAUAGGCACGGUCAUUGUGAGCAAUCUUUUGCUGGCGACUAUGCCCAUCCAGCAGACGUACUGGGCGGGAAUCUUCCCCGCCGUGCUGCUGUCCAGCUUCUGCCCCGAUCUGGCUUACGUUGCAGCCCAGUUGAUCGCGAGCAAUAGCGUAGGACGUCGCCAUCAAGGUGUGGCAGGCAGUCUUAUUGGCACGCUCAACCUAUACGGAAACAGCUUGGGUCUUGGAUUCGCUGGCACAAUUGAAGCGCAGGUGUCCAAUGGCCUUGAGAUUGGGGACAUAGUCUUGGGGUAUCGCGCAGCAUUGUAUUUUGGCAUGGCUUUGGGCGUGGUGGCAUUGAUCCUGAAUUUUGCUUUCGUUCGGAUGCCAAAAGAUCAGCGCCAAGGCUGGGAUGAGUCACUUGAGUCUGACUUGCCAGAAAACACAUCGGCUUUGGCUUCAGCCGUGGAUAGACGGAUGAUAUCUUCUGUUGGGUGA